CCAAUCCUUUCCCCUUCCCCUUCUCCUUAUCGGCGUUAUCGCCGUCACCAGUCACAACUCGCGGCGCACGCGUAUCAGAGGAGGAAAAGGGAUCUCCACUCUCACUCCGCCUCCCCCCUUCGAGGUUCCAAUCUGGUCCUCGGGCCUUGCUCGCUAGGAAUCGACGAGGGAGGGACGGAGGCGAGAUGGGGAAGAACCAGGCGUACAAGGCGAUGCAGAGGGCGCGGCUGGGGUCGUCCUCCGGCGCCCCCGGCGAGGGAGAGGAAGACGGCAUGACGGACGGUUCAUUUCAUUCUCCAGAGUGGCACGCGGCGCGCUUGGCCAGCCUCAACAAGACACACACCCUCACGUGGGAGGAGUUCAAGAAGAAGCAGAAGGACGAGGAGCUAAAGAGAGGUGAGGUUGAGGCUGACAAAGAUAAAAUGAUGAGAGAGUAUAGAGCUCAACUAGAUGCUGAAAGAGCCCAAAAGUUAGGUCGUGGAAGAGACAACGUAAAGUCAAAAUCAUCUUCUUCCAAGAAAGAAAAGAAGGAUAAGGAUGCAAAGAAACGGAUUAAAAAGAGGAGGAAGCACAGAAGUUCAUCGGAAAGUUCCAGCUCGUCAUCUGAAUCAUCAAGCAGUGAUGAUGAGGAUAGGACUUCAAGAAAAUCCAGGUCACGUUCAAGAUCAAAGAGAAACAAGAAGGAUAAGAAGCACCGGUCAAGAUCAAAGCAUGCUGGCAGUGAUAGUGAGGAGGAAGGAGGUCCUGUUCGUCUCUCUAAGUUCUUUGGGAAUGCAAAGAAUUAGAUGCUAUACUGAUACACCCGAAGCCAGUUAGCUGCUCCCGAAACCACUUUCAUUUUAAGUUAUCAAUUGGUGGGUGUAGAUUGUAUUUCUAUUCAGAUUACUGUCUGAAGGUUGUGGGAAUCAGUUUCCAUUAUGUUUCUCAAGAGAAUGUUGGCAAUUGGAGUGUUAGGUGUUGGAUCAUUAUAUGCAUCCUGCAACUAGUAAGAAAUACCUGAUAUUGCUGCACUAUUGUAACUUGAGGGAUAGCGACAGUAUUUAUAUAUUCGAUCUGAACCGCUUUAUUUCUUUUUUCAGAAA